UGAAGUUGCGUGAUGUUGGUGAUGUCAAUGAAUCGUUGUUGUGGGUGGCGAUGGUGCUCGUCCGUUGCCCAGUGUGGGUGAUGUAGGCGGCGUUGUUGAUGCACCGUUGUUUUGGAAGGUAAAUUGUCACGAUGCAAUUGACUCAUUGUGAAUGCGUGGCGAUGUGGUCAAGAUGCCCUGGGUGGUGUGGAAGUUGUGCGUGAUGUUGAUGGUGAAGGCUUGUGGGUGUUGAGGAUGUUGUAUUUGAAUAGGCUGACGUGGCGAGGGUGUAAAGGACAACAUUGUACCGCUGUAAGGUGUCAUUGUGGUUCACGUGGUGAUAACGUGGUGGGUCAUUUUGGUAGGUGACUUAUUGAGGAAUGUAAUAAUGUCAAUAAUUCGCCUACAAAUGCCACACUUGGGCUCGCAUUUCCUUUGGAGGAGGUUCCUGCAUUCGGAUGUUUGUCCAUUUUUCUCUUGAAUGGGUGUUGUUUUGCGCUUGCGGAGGAACCAGACUACCCGAACAUUUGAAUGUAAAACACGUCUGCACAGAUGGGUGUGCAACAUACUCGCUUGUACUGCCCAUCGCCUUACAACAGCACAUCAGGUUUGGUAGCUUCAGUCCAUCGACUAUUGGCCUCCAAGUUGCCGGAUUAAAGCCAUGCACCAUCAUGCCCCCAGGUGCUGUGGUGAAUGAUGCGGUGGUAAUUGUGAUUUCAUUUGGUGGGGAUGUUAGUGGUCAACAUGUUAUCUCGUGUUUUAGGGAGGUCGUGCGUGGAGCGGGUGUUGGUGGCGAGAUCAGUGUAUGGUAUAAUGCGGUAGAUAUUGUAAUGAAUGACGUGCUUAAGAGAUUGUAGUGGAUCAAAUGGUGAAGAUGUGAUUGGUGAUGGGGACGGUGUAACUGGUGAUUGCCUGGAUAUUGUUGUGGAAACGCUCGUUCUGUAUUCAAAUGACAGGUGAAAGCCAUGGUCCUAGAUGAUGAGCUCGUUGUGCUGACGGAAGUCCACGUCCACUUUGACAAGGAUCUGCCCAAAUUCAGUACCCAAGGUGGUGUUCACAUUCACGAGGACAAGCUGACGGUGACCUCGCCAGUGCUUAUGUGGGUGGAGGCUAUAGAUUUGGCACUGGAACGACUGGUGCAGUCUGGUGUAGAUCUAUCACAGGUGGCCGUGUUAUCUGGCAGUGGCCAGCAACACGGCUCGGUGUACUGGCGACAGGGGGCUAGGAAAACCCUUCACAACGCCGCAGCCUCUAGCCCCCUCCACCUGACCUUGCAGGGGUGCUUCUCGCUGGACGAAGUGCCCGUGUGGAUGGACUCGAGCACGGCCACUGAGUGCAGGCAGCUGGAGCAGGCCCUGGGUGGUGCUCAGUCCUUGGCGGACAUCACAGGCUCUCGUGCCUAUGAGCGAUUCACGGGCAACCAGAUCGCCAAGGUUUACCGCACUUGGCCCAGGGCAUACGAGGACACAGAGCGGAUCUCACUGGUGAGCAGCUUUGCUGCGUCCCUUUUCCUCGGCAACUAUGCAACGAUUGACUAUAGUGAUGGCUCGGGGAUGAAUCUUUUGGACAUUCGAAAGAAGUGCUGGACCCAGCGCUGCCUGGAUGCAUGUGCGCCCGACCUGGCUGAGAAGCUUGGGGAGCUUGUGCCGUCGCACACCGUGCUGGGACCGGUGUCUUCAUACCUGGUGCAACGCUAUGGGUUCUCUCCCAAUUGCCAGGUGGUGGCGUUCAGCGGUGACAACCCAGGUUCCUUGGCUGGCAUGAGACUCCAAGCAGGCGACAUUGCGGUGAGCCUGGGGACCAGCGACACGGUUUUCCUGUGGCUGAAGGAGCCACGGCCGGCACUGGAAGGACACGUGUUCUGCAACCCCAUCUGCCAGGAAGCCUACAUGGCCCUUAUCUGCUUCAAGAAUGCGUCGCUGACACGGGAGCGCGUGCGGGACCGCUGUGCUGCAGGAUCGUGGGAAGAGUUCUCCAGGGCUCUGAGAGCCACACCGCCUGGAAACGGAGGAAACAUCGGGUUUUAUUUCGACACGAUGGAGAUUACGCCACCGGCGGUGGGCAUUCACCGCUUCAAUACCGAUGACGAGAAGGUGGAGGCGUUUGCAGAUGACGUGGAGGUGCGGGCGCUUGUGGAGGGGCAGUUCCUGGCCAAGCGCGUCCACGCCGAGGGCCUUGGCUACCGCACCGCUGGCAGGGAUGGGCCCGGCCCAUUUUCUCAGACCGAACCAGAGACCCGCAUCCUGGCAACUGGAGGAGCCUCCUCUAAUAAGGACAUUCUCCAGGUCCUGGCAGACGUGUUUAACGUGCCUGUGUACACGUUGGACACCGCCAACUCAGCUUGCCUGGGAGCCGCCUACAGGGCCAAGCAUGGUCUGCUCGCCGCAUCGGGGCUAUCCUUCUCGGCCGUGGUGCGCACCGCUCCCCCCUGCCAGCUCGCCACGUGGCCCAGCCAAGACUCUGCCAAGGUUUAUUCAGCCAUGUUGGAACGCUUCCAGCGCCUGGAGCAGACCUUCGUGGGUCCAUGCAGGCCAUGACGGUCUCCCUUACCCUGCGUGAAGAUCUGCGGGGGCCUCGCACCCCUCAGCAUGGCCCCGCCGCAUUUGGAGCAUCUCCUUGAGCUUCGAGGAACACAACUCAACAUUCCACAACGUCGUGGACCGUGUCUGUUCACAGCAGGCGCAUAGUAAGGAUGAUUAUUAGAAAGUUCACGGAACAUACAAUGACAGGUAGACGUGUACUAUAUGUGGCACUCGUCUCUGUUGGCAUCCCAGAUGCAGUGUGUAAUUGAACAUUCCUAUAGUGGGAUCCCAGUCCCUCCAUAGCACUACUACUGUUGACUCACAACAAAGCAGUCUUCCUUUCAGUGAUUCAAGGGAUAAUGGGCUGACUCAACUCUAAACCACAAUUUUACCCUUAACCUUAAAAUUGUUGGGCAGUGCCACCUGGCCAAUAACGUACACAUCAUGCAAAACAAUCAUUAUGUACUGUCUCAGUAGAUUAUGAGUGAUAAUAAAUAAAGAGGUAAUGUGAUUGUAUAAUCCAUAAAAUUAAGUGAACAUUUAAUCCACAAUCGGAUUAAAUGUAAGAGACAACGCCCUGCUGAUGAGACUCGGUGAAUCUGAAAGGCAAUCCUAUUGUUUUCCAUGUUUAAAAAAAAAAACUGUAGAGCUGUUGCGUUUUGAGGUGACCAGAGCGUUAACCAGGCCACUGGGAUGGGAGGUGUUGCCAUGCUGUUUGCAGUCAGCGUUACCAAAUGCAGGAAAACAGACAUUGCCAAAUUCAAUGUAUUUAACGCAACAAUUUCCAUGCCCUGAACAUGUGUCAGAGAAUUCCACUCGCAUUCAAAGUAUUAGGACACUGCAUGUGGGUGCCUUGGGAAACACUGAGUUUUUGAAGGCUUACCUGUGAACGGACUCUAAAACAUUCCUUACAUUUUUAUACACUAUUCCUGGUAAUGGCCCAAACUGGAUUGUCCCCUUCAAUGAGAUUAACUUUUAAAUCAUACAGAACAUUGUGGAGCUCAGCGGCAAGUGUUGUGUUAUCGAGUUUGCAUCGAGUGGAUAGCUCAGUUCCCACAGCCACCAAAGUGUCAUCUGCUCUUGGGGAAUACAGGUCUGUCCGUGGUAUGCAGACCUCGUGGAGAAUAAUCUGAAAAUGUGAAAACAUUUCUUCAGAAAUGCUUACAAUUGUGAAAUAAAUCCACUUGUGUCGCAACCAUUUCCAAGAUUUCCUUGACAUGUACGAUGUCAAUGGGAUCUUUCAGGUGAAAUGAUCUCCUUGAAGAAAAUGUUAGAUCAUUAUUAAACUGCCCAAACAAGGGAAUAUCACGGGUAUUGUUAAUGUUUAGUUUAAAAAUAUUGCCUUUGAGAAGCACAUACUGUAUUGCCACCAAAGUUUAAAGUGUUUCCAUGUUCAU